AUGGAAGUUGACAAGAUAGAUCAUGAAAUAGAGGAAGAACUAGUAGAAAAGGAAGAGGAAGAAGAGGAUGAAGUUUAUUAUACUCCAGGACCUAAAGAAUUAUAUGAUGUCAGAUUAAAAAUAUUAAAUUAUUCAUUGAAACAAUCAGCUAAUCGAUUACAAAAACUUCGUCAGCUAAAACAAUCUGCCACCACCACCAAAACAUCGACCACCACUACAACCAAAAUACCAUCACAAGAUGAAAUAAAUAUAUUAAAAUCAAGACGACAAUUAAAUUCAAAUCUAUCAAAAUAUGAAAUUUAUGGAUCUCAAUUCAUACCAGGAAAUACAAGAACAAUAUCAAAUAUCAAAAUAUCUAAUAAUGAUAAAUAUAUUGCUUGUGGAUCAUGGGAUGGUUCAAUAAAUAUAUUAAAUAAUCAAGAUUUAUCAAUUUUUAAAACAACAUCAACAUCAUCAUCAUCAUCAUCAUCAUCAUUGUCACAAGUUUCACAUACUGAAAAAGUAUCAGGUUUAAGUUGGAAUAAUGAUAGUAGUCGAUUAGUAUCAGGAGGAAAUGAAGGAAUGAUUAAUAUUUGGGAUGUUAAUGACAAUAGUGAUGAUGAUGAUAAUUUAUUAUCAUCAAUAGUUUCAAUUAAAGCGGCUCAUAAUGAUAGAAUUACGAAAACAAUGUUUCAUCCAAUUGAUAAUCUUAUUAUUUCUACAUCAUUUGAUCAAACUUGGAAAUUAUGGGAUUUGAAUAAAUUAUCACCACCACAACAACAAAAUGACCCACCACAAUGUUUGAUGGAACAAGAAGGUCAUUCUAAACCAGUUUUCACAGGAUCAAUUCAUCCUGAUGGUGGAUUAUUUAUGAGUGGUGGACUUGAUGGUAUAGUUCAUAUUUGGGAUUUACGAUCAGGUAGAUCAAUUGUAACUUUACAAAAACACAUGGCUGGAAUAUAUUGUUUAGAUUGGUCACCUAAUGGAUAUCAAUUUGUUACUGGUAGUGGUGAUUGUAGUUUAAAAAUUUGGGAUUUAAGAAAACUUGGGAACAAUAAUAAUGAAUUAUAUUCUAUACCUGCUCAUACUAAAUUGAUUACUGAUGUUAAAUUUUAUCAUCAAGGUAAAGAUGUAAUACAGAAACAAAAACAAAAACAAAAACAACAAGAACAAAUAUUGGGACCAGAAUUUAAUAAUGGGAAAUUUUUGGUAAGUUGUUCAUAUGAUGGUGAUGUUAAUAUUUGGUCAAGUGAUAAUUGGAUUAAAAUUAAAAGUUUGAAAGGUCAUACUGAUAAAGUAAUGAGUUGUGAUAUUAAUAGUACUGGUGAAUGGAUAGUAAGUAGUGGUUGGGAUAGAUCAAUAAAACUAUGGAAACAAUAG